AUUUAAUUUCAUAAUAAUUUUUUAUAUCUAAACUUUCGUAAUUCCCUACUUAGAGACAAGGAAAUGUUAGGAAUUUUCGUGAACUUCUCGUACGGGACGAGCUCUCUUCUCAACCAUUGGGUUGCGCUACUUUUAUCCGGUGCUCUAAUUUUCUUUAUCGAAUUUGUAAUUGAAGAUACAAGUUAUCUUUUUUUAUCUUUCAUCUCUGUUAUUAAGUCUUGAAGGUCAGCUUCGCAGUUUGGGUUUAGUGUUUUUUUGUAAUACUUGGACUUGGCAUAGAAGGUGUUUGACGAAAUGCCUCAGUGACUUGCUAUGAAACGAGUAGCCCAGAAUUUGUUUCUUUGCAUCUAGGGACCUCUUACUCUUGUUGGACUCAUGAGUUGCUUUGCUGGAAUUGUCAAAGGCUGAGAAAUCUUCUUACGUCCAUCACCUUAAAGCUUAAGUUGGGUUGGUGCUCUGGUUUUCACCAUGCACAUUUGUUGUUGGAAUUGCCAAGGGAUACGAAGUCCUCUCACUCUACCUAAUCUCAGGAAUAUCAUCCGAGAUAGCAAUCCAGGGGAUUUUAACUGCAUUACUUCUCCUCUUGAAAAAAUUGGAGGCAAUAAUCAUUCCCAACAAAGAAUCAGAGCCUUCACUCAAUUCAUUGACUCCUGGGGAUUGAUUGAUAUUGGUUUUUCUGGGUUUCCUACUACAUGGAAUAACAGGCGAGAUGGGUUAGCUAAUAUACAGGAAAGGUUUGGCAGAUUUCUGGUUUCUCCUACUUGGUCACUCAAAUAUCCUUCAGCUGCUGUAACUUAUCUUGAUGAUCAAGGCUCAGACCACCGUUCUAUUCUAAUGUCUAUGACUCCUCCUCCUAUGAAAUCCAGGAAACAAUUUCGUUUUGACAGUCGAUGGCAACAUAAUCCUAAGGUAGAACAAAUUAUAGAAAAUACUUGGCAAAGGGAGUCAAGGGGUUUGAAUCUUCCUAGAGUUUUUUCAAAAUUGAAAAACUGUCGAUAUGCUCUCUCUCAUUGAAGUAAGACCCAUCAUGUUAAUGCCAACCAUUGCAUUUCCAACCUCUAAACACAAUUGCAAUAAGUGAAAAUUUCAUCCCAUGGACAAAAUAUGACAAUGAUCAAACAAUUAGAACAUGAUCUUUUGUAUGCAAUCAGACGUGAGGAAGCCUUUUGGGCUCAAAAAUCCAUACAAUCUUGGCUUCAUUUGGGGGAUUGUAAUAGAUCUUUUUUUCAUGCUCAAGUUGUUCAACGACAAAGAAGGAAUACUAUCUUAAGAAUUCUUGAUUCUUCUAGAGUUUGGCGCACAGGACAACAAGAGGUUACUAAAGUAGCUAUGGAUUAUUUUCGCCAUAUUUAUACUACUAGUAACCCUCUUAGCACUGCUUCUCCUUUGGAUUCUUUUCAACCUAGGAUCACUCAUGAUAUGAAUGCCUCUCUUACAAGAGAAGUCACUCUAGAUGAAAUUUGAAAAGCAGUUUUUUCCAUUCAUCCAUCCAAAGCUCCAGGGAUAGAUGGUUUCACAGCCUUUUUCUUUCAAAACUAUUGGUCAGUGUUGCAAAAUGACCUAGAAGUUGCUAUUCAGGAAUUUUUUCAGUAUGGAAAGCUAUUGAGAGGCUUUAAUCACACAGUCAUUUCUUUAAUUCUUAAGGCUAGACAUGUGCUAUCUAUGAAGGAUCUACGUCCCAUUAGUCUUUGUACAGUUUUUUACAAGAUUAUUUCCAAGAUUUUGGUUCACAGACUUCAGCCUCUUAUGGAUAAUAUAAUUGGGGAAGAGCAAAGUGCAUUCAUUCAAGGUAAACACAUAUCAGAAAAUAUCCUUAUAUGUCAUGAACUCAUGCAUUCUCUUUCUAAGCAACAGGGUAAGGGCGCUGGUGGAAUGGCAGUCAAACUGGAUAUUAGUAAGGCCUAUGAAUGUGUGAAAUGGUCUUUUCUUCAGCAAAUGCUUAUUCGAUUUGGUUUUCAUCCUACCUGGAUCUCUUGGGUAAUGGAAUGUGUGACUACGGUUUCCUACACUUUUCAAGUGAAUGGUUUUUAUACCAAGUUUAUUCAUCCGUCUCAAGGUAUCAGACAAGGAGACCCUCUCUCUCCUUAUCUUUUCCUUUUUUGUGCUGAAGGAUUAUCUCACAUGAUUAGAGAAUCAAGUCUUUUGAGUCAAUCAAUUUCUCGACGAGGUCCUCGUAUUACUCAUCUACUAUUUGCUGAUGACUCCAUUCUUUUUUCCAAAGCAACUACUCAUGAAGCUGAAUUGAUUGACAAUAUUUUGAAGAAUUAUGCUGAACUUAGUGGCCAACUCAUUAAUUUUGACAAGUCUACCCUGAUUUUUAGCAGAAAUACUCAUGGUGCUGUUAAAUCCAAUAUAGCUGCCAUCCUUAAUAUCAAAAAUAUCUCUGGUCAUGAUUGUUUUUUAGGCUUACUGUCCACUUUUCCUUGAUCUAAAAAGGUUGCUUUUGCUUUAAUUAAAGAGAGGAUUCAACAAAAAACAGCUGGAUGGAAAGAAAAAUAUUUAUCACAAGGAGGAAAAGAAGUUCUUAUCAAAGUAGUGACCCAAGCAAUCUCGGUGUAUGCAAGAUAUUAAUCAUUUGAUAGCUAAUUUCUGGUGGGGCCAACAAGCUCAGGAACGGAAAAUGCACUGGAUUUCUUGGCAUUUGAUGUGUACUCCUAAAAGUAUGGGUGGUCUUCGUUUUAAAGAUUUACAAGACUUCAACUAAGCAUUAUUGACUAAACAGGGUUGGCGUCUCAUUUCUCAAGCCAACUCUUUGUUUGCUAGGGUCAUUAAAGGUAAAUACUACCCUUACAUUUCCUUUUUGAAUGCGAAUGUGAAUGCAGAUGCAUCUUUUGGUUGGAGAAGCAUAUUAUGGGGUAGGCAAGUGUUACAAAAGGGUAUUAGAUGGUGCAUUAGGGAUGGGAAAUCUGUUCUUUGUAAGCAAGAUGUUUGGAUUCCUAAAUCCUUCCUUAAUCCACCCCAACUCACGUCUUCCACCAAUCCAUCCAUCCAUUGGGUUGUUGACUUAAUGAAGCCCACUCAAUGUUCUUGGAAUAUUCAAGCUUUGAAGGAAAAUUUCCAACCACAGGAAGUUGCCAAUAUUCUGUCUAUACCAAUUUCUUUAUUCAGAGAGGAAGACAAGUUAAUCUGGCAUUACAGUAAGCAUGGUAAUUACAAUGUCAAGUCUGGGUAUUAUGUUGCUCAAAAUCUUCAUACUGAUUUACCUAGACAUUUGAGAGUGGGUCCAGGUCCAACCUCUAUUACUAUGAUUGACAACUUUUGGAAAGAUUUAUGAAAUAUUCAAUUGCCUACUAAAAUUUCUAUUUUCUUAUGGAAGCUUUUUCAUGAAAGACUCCUUUGUGGAGAAUUAUUACAUCGCAGAAUUUCAAAUAUUCCAGCAGAAUGUAAAACUUGUGGAACUGUGGAAUUUUUGCAACAUAUCUUUUUCCAAUGUCCUAAAGCUCUGGAAGUAUGGAUCCAUUCACCUUUGCGAGUACGAUCUCUCUUGCUACAUAGUAAUCAUUUAGCUGAUUAUUGGCUUGAGCUUUUUGAUGUUAUUCGACAACAUGUUGAUGCUAAAGCUUUAUUACAACUUCUUGCUUACAUUUUUGGUACAUUUGGAAAUGUCGUAAUGCCUUGGUAUUUGACAAUGUGAUUUGGCCCUUCCAAGAUGUUCUUAUGAAGCUUCCACCUCUUUGGAAGAAUUUUGAAUGUCCAUAUAGUCAUCAUCUCCCCCACAGCACCCUCUAGUCCACCGUCCAUCCACUUGGACUUCACCUUCUUUUCCUAAAAUCAAAAUCAACUUUGAUGCUGCAGUUAAUAAGCAUCGUGGCUUUGGAGCUAUCGCAGGUAUUGCCCGCAACAAUUUGGGUCAUCCUAUUGCUUGGUUUUGCAAAAGGAUAAUCGGCAUUAUUGACCCAAUGGUUUUAGAGUCACUUGCUUGUCGUGAAGCUGCUCUUUUGGCUAAAAACAAAUCCUUUCAUCUUGUUUGCUUGGAAGGUGAUACUCAGUUAGUAAUCCAAGCUACUAAGGGAGACAUUAUUCAGAGUGAUCUUCAUGGUAUCUUUAAUGAUAUUACCCAUUUAUUUUCUGUACUCUCUAAUAUUAAUUUUAAUUGUGUUCCUAGAGCUUAUAAUAGUGUUGCUCAUAAUCUUGCUAAGAAAAUGCUUCAGGAUGAUUCUUUCGCCUGUAAUCCUUUAGAGCAAACUAAUUUUGCUCUUUUCUCUUUAAAUUAAUAGAUAUCUCAUUUCUAGUUAGCAAAAAAAAAAAAAAUCCCUCUUCAUUAUUUCUCUCUUAUAUUUCUUUAUUUCUCUCUCCAUAUUUCUUUUCCUCUAUGCUCACACUGU